AUGCAAGCUCCAAUGCCGCCUGGCUACGGACGUGGCUAUCCCCAAGGCGCCCAACGGUCUCCUGCCACGCCUCGGCGCGGACCUCAAGCUCCUGGCCCCGCAAUAGCGGUUCCAAUGCCCCAACACGCCGUGCCCCCACAGUACAUGACACCCCAGCGCAACCUCGCGCACCAGAACGACGCCGCCCUCCGCCGAAGCCGUAAGCCCACAGACAAGAAUAUCCCCGAUGGUGUCGAAGAAGUAGUCGUCGGAGAGGGCGUCCUGCAAUACAAGAGCUUGCGCGACCUGGAGAAGCGCCUAGACGCCGCCGUCGUCCGUAAGAGGUUGGAUAUUCAAGACUCUAUCAGCAAAACAGUCAAGAAAUACCGCACAAUGCGCAUCUGGGUUUCGAACACGGUGGAAGGCCAACCCUGGCAGAACUCUUCUGGUCAGAACGGCGUUCCAGCCAGCACCCCUGGCUCCGGCCGAUACAAGGUUCGGAUCGAGGGUCGGCUGCUGGAUGAUGUUAACGACCUCGAGGCAUCGGCUAGCGAUGACGAAGGUGAUGCCCAGGAAAAUGGUGAUACGAUGGAGGAGGAUGGUGCCGAUGCCAAAAAGCCAGCCUCUAAACGGUCGAAGCAGCGCUUCUCCCAAUUCUUCAAGUCUAUCACGGUUGACUUUGACAAAUCAUCUGCGACGAGUCCGGACGAGAUGAAGACGAUAAACUGGGCCAAGCCGCAAUUACCACCGAAUGCUGCCAGCUUGCCCCCUACCGCCGACUUCGAUUCCGUACAGUUUUCACGGGCGUCGCAGGAGAACCUGAACGUUACGAUCAGCCUUGUUAGGGAUGAGACUCCCGAGCGUUAUAAGCUGAGCAAGGAGCUGGCAGAGGUUCUUGACGUUGAGGAAGAGACCAGGAGCGGGAUUGUGUUGGGUAUCUGGGAUUACAUUCGGGCCAUGGGACUUCAGGAAGACGAAGAAAAGCGCCUCGUACGCUGCGACGAUCGUCUACGAGCGAUUUUCGGCCGAGACCAGAUGUUCUUCCCCCAGAUUCCCGAAAGCGUCGGUCCACACACUAGCCCACUCGACCCCAUCAAGCUUCCUUACACUAUCCGCGUCGAUGAAGACUUCCACAAAGACCCUACCCCCACCAUCUAUGACAUCCAAGUUGCCGUCGAAGAUCCUCUCCGCUCAAAGAUGCUAGCCCUCACUCAAAACCCUCAAUACACAGCUGGAAUGCGCCAAAUCUCUCAGCUAGACGACCAGGUCGCCAUUAUCAUCCAGGCCCUUACUCACUCACGCGCAAAGCACUCUUUCUUCACAGCGCUAAGCAAAGACCCCGCUACGUUCGUCCGCCGCUGGAUAAACUCGCAGCGCAGGGAUCUCGAGACUAUUCUCGGCGAAGCAACCCGCGGAGGCGGCGAAGAUGCCAGUGGACCAGAGUUCCGGCGCGGUGGUUCAGAUAGUGUCUGGGAUACGACGGUGGCUCGCGAGGCUGUUCGCUAUAUGCUUGCCAAACCGGAGGCUACUAUGGGUCGAUGA